UUCUCCCUUAAUAUACCCAGUAUCUGUGUCUCUCUCUUCUCACAGCACCAUCGCCUAAAGUUUCUCAAAGCACAAGCAUGGCAUCCAGUCAAAGCAAUGCGCCUUCCUUCUUCAACUUCCUUAAGGAGGGGCUCCUCCUGCCGAGCCGCAACCGGAGGCUCUUCACAGCGGUCUCUGCCUUCACCCUCGCCGCCACCGCGUUGAUCGUCCUCGCCAACGACCUCGCCCUCCAGCCCCUCGCCGACGAGAUCAAGAUCGACAUCAAGGCGCUAAACACCACCGAGCCCGGAAGCCUGGAGUACGCCAAACUGGUGCAGGAGAUCCGGAAUGACGCCAGGGAGCUCCUGCUCGUCGGCGCGGGGUACCUCCUGCUCGCCCUCGUGGUCAGCGCCGCCGUCCGGAUCGUCGUCCUCUUCGCCGCCGUCUCGACGUACUCCGGCGAGCAGCCCGCUACUACGUUUGGCGCGCUCCUGGGCAAAGCCAAGCCGCAGAUCAAGGGGCCACUGCUCACGCUCGCCUUCAUCUACGUCCUGGAGAUCGUCUACGUCGCGCUUCUGGUGGCCAUGGUAGGACUUGUUAGCUUUCUCGCGGUGAAGCAGUACUUCGUGACUUUGCUCGUGGCCUCGCUGCUCGUCAUCGCCGCCUCCGUCUGCCUCGUGUACUUCUCCUUCAUCUGCUCCUUCAGCGUCGUCGUGGCGGUGGCCGAGCCCGGCUGCUACGGCGCAGCUGCGUUAGGCAAGGCGUGGAGGCUGGUCAAGGGGAAGAAGAGGCAGGUCGUCCUGUACGUGGCCGUCACCGCCGUCCUGGCCGCCGCCGUAUCGCCGGUGCGCACGCUCGCAACGACGUGCGCGGUUAACAGCGUGGCGCUUGGGUUGCUCCUGGGUAUUGUGUACGCGGUUCUGCUGGCGCUCGCGCAGUUGUUCACCAUCUGCGCCAUGGCCGCGUUCUACUACGAGCGCAGGGAGAGCGUCGACAACCAGCUGGGGGCUACUGGAUACGCCAAGCUAUCAACGGAAGAAGCAAAUGCUUAAUUGAUCAUUAGCUCAACUUGUUAUCACACCGAUUGCUUGCCAUGGAAAUUUCGACCUGUAAUACUAGUAUAUGUAAUGCCAAAUAUUACUUUACUCCUU